AUGGAGAGACAUUCCAGAUCCAGAAGCUUAAGGAGCCGAGAGAUGCAGCCACCAAGAGUCGGAGAAGCAAAACCUGCAAUUCAAAAGGCGCUGUGCAGACUGUGCGAGUGUCCGACGUCGGACGGCCACGUCCUCGCGUCGCAGGUGGACAGGUUCGGGGACGAGUCUGGAGACGAAGCUGUGGCUUGGUGGCCGAAAAACCUUGAUUUGGAAGAAAACGCAAAGGUGCUUCGCGAGAAUUAUUCAGUUGGAGAAGUUGAACAGUGUUGGGUGCAGUUGGAAGUGGUUGAUCUGGCCGAGUACGAAAAGGAAAUUCCUAAAAAGAGGAGUGGAGCGUGUCUUUACUGUGGAAAGAGAUACUACCGUCUGAUGAAGCACGUGAAACUGAUGCACAAAGAAGCCAUCAAAUGCGGAAUUCGGGGCUGCACGACAUUCUUUCACACCAAGGAGGAAAAAGAGCAUCACAUGCUGCAGGAUUUUCACGAGAAACGUGGCAAACCAUGCGAAAGAAAGAAUUUUUGGUGCAAAUUUUGUAAAAAUGGCAAAUUCUAUUCCUUACUCAAUUCGUGGAGGAAGCACAUGAUUCGCAAGCAUCCAGAAUUGGUGGCGUGCACGCAUUACGGCUGCAAAGAGUACAUGAAAUCCAAGUCUGAAAUGAAUCUCCACAUCAACUCGUUGCACAAAAAAGGCAUAAAGCAAAAAUUUUUGCAGUGCGAGCAUUGCGAGUAUUUUACCACUGAGAAGUCCAAUUUGAGUGUACAUCAACAGUCGAAGCACUUGCCAAAGAUGUUCAAAUGUGACAGUUGCGAAGCCAGAUUUGGCUCGAAAUACCUGGCUAGUUUUCACUACGAAAAAAGUCAUACAUUCGUCAAGUGCAAAUCUUGUGGCCAGGACGUUGCUCGCAGACAUAAGGCAGCGCACAGAAGGUCAUCGGUUUGCUCCAAAUGCAAACUCAGAUUCAAGUGCUUUGGUUUGUAUCAACUGCAUAAGAAGAGCUGCCGAGGAACCUGCCGUAGGUGCGAAGAGUGUGGAGAAUCGUUCACCUUGAAUAGAGAGUUGAAUCGCCACGUGAGACAAUUUCACACCUCGAAUUUACUCUGCGACCAUUGCGACUAUUCAACGCUUAAUAAAUUUGACAUGAGGCGGCACAUUCAAAGGAAACAUUUGCCAAAGACCAUUAAGUGUGGAGACUGCAACCAAUUGUUUAGCUCUCAAUCAAUUCUCAAGAAUCACAAGUACAACAAGCACGAGUACGUUCAUUGCGCAGAAUGUGCCCAGGAGAUGUGCCGUCAAGCCAUGUUUAAACAUCGGACCAUCAAGACUUGCCGCCGGUGCAAGCGCAAGUUAAAUUGCUCAGGACUUCUUGAAAAGCAUGUCUGUCUGGAAGGAACUGGGCAUAGCAAUUUAACGGUGAAAACCAUUUUGGGUGGAGACAUGGAGAGACAUUCCAGGACAAGAAGCUUAAGGAGUCGAGAGAUGCAGCCGCCAAGAGUCGGAGAAGCAAAACCUGCAAUUCAAAAGGCGCUGUGCAGACUGUGCGAGUGUCCGACGUCGGACGGCCACGUCCUCGCGUCGCAGGUGGACAGGUUCAAGCUGAGGAAAUGGGCCAUGGAGGUCAUGAACCUGACGGAAGAAGACAAAAACCUGCCGGACGUGGUCGAAGAAGGUGCUUUGAUCUGCUAUUUUUGCAUCUGGCAGGCAGAGUUCGGGGACGAGUCUGGAGACGAAGCUGUCGCUUGGUGGCCGAAAAACCUUGAUUUGGAAGAAAACGCUAGGGUUCUUCGGGAGAAUUAUUCCGUUGGAGAUGUAGAGCAGUGUUGGGUGCAGUUGAAAGAGAUUGAUCUCGUCAAAUACGAAAAGGAAAUCCCUAAGAAGAGGAAAUGCGUCAGUGGAGUUUGUCUUUACUGCGGCAAGAGAUUCUUAGAACUGACGAAGCACAUCAAGAAGGACCACAAAGAAGCCAUCAAAUGCGGAAUUCGGGGCUGCACGACAUUCUUUCACACCAAGGAGGAAAAAGAGCAGCACAUGCAGCAGGAUUUACACGACAAACGUUACAAACCAAAGGAAAGCAGCAAAAUAAGUUGCAAAUUUUGUGAAAACAGCAAAUUGUAUUCCUCAUUGAAAACGUGGAGAAAGCACAUGAAACGCAACCACACUGAUCUUCCGUUUGCUUGCACGCGUGUAGGCUGCAUUGAGUACUUCAAAUCGAAGCCUGACAUGAUUCUCCACAUCAACUCGUUUCACAAACAAGGCAUAAAACAAAAUCUUCUGCAGUGCGAGCAUUGCGAGUAUUUUACCACUGAGAAGUCCAAGUUGAGGCUACACAAACAGUCGAAGCACUUGCCAAAGAUGUUCAAAUGCGACAGUUGCGACGCCAGUUUCGGCUCGAAAUACCUGGUUAAUUUUCACUACAAAAAAAGUCAUUCACUCGACAAGUGCAAAUCUUGUGGCCAGGACGUUUCUCUCGCAUACAAGGCAGUCCACAGAAGGCCAUCGGUUUGCUCCAAAUGCAAACUUAAAUUCAAGUGCUUGGAAUGUGAUAAGGAGAUGACCCGACAAAACAUGUUUCACCAUCGGACCAUCAAGACUUGCCGCUACUGCAAGUGCAAGUUAAAGUGCUCAGGACUUGAAAAGCAUGUGUGUCUGCACGUCUACAAAAGUGGGAGCGAUCAGCAACAAAUCAGCGCGCUCGCCCGAGUCACGUGA